AUGUUUCGCUGGUCCAUAACCCAGCCCAUCGCACGAGAAUCCUCCGCCAUCCACCACCAUCUCUCCAGUAUGCAGACAUCCUGCUACUUCACCGUCCAUACUCCCUUCUCGGUAGACAUAGCCGAAGAUCUACUCCGUUUGAGUUUGCUCUGCUUUUGUUCCCCUUAUGGCUUCCAUCGCUCAUCAGUAAACAUUCCAUUGGAAGCCCAAACAACCAGCGUCAUCGCCCUCAAGCAAGACUUUGUAAGAUCGUCGACUCCGAUGUUGACAACUGGGAUUUACCUGUUCGAGUCAAGGAGAGAUCUGGGACGAGAUCUGCCUCAACCAGAUCUACUGCCUUCUCCUCUCUUGCUAGCCACCGACGAGACUUCUUGUAGAACCAUCUACCUCUCUAAGAAAAAUCUAUUCAAGCUGAUUCUCCGACCUUCUAUGUCCUCUACCAGCCGCUCCACCUCCAUCCUCCAACAACUCAGAAUCUCCGGCAACAAUGUGCAACAAGCUGGGAUGGGCCUCUCAUUCUUAUUGGCCCUGGUGAGCCCAGUAAGAUCCAUCGGGCCUACUUGCAGCAUAUCAGAGGUAUCGUUUGCCAUUAAGUUUCGUGAAUUAAAAACCUGGGAUGAUGGCUUGGGCUCUCCAGGUCUGGUUUCAAAUCUCUGA